CUUCUCCGUAUUGUAAUCUGGUUUCUUCGGGGGAAAGAGGAGAUGGAAACCCUAGCGAUGGAAUCUCUGCGGAAGCAUCUUCAGAUCAUGGUCCGAUCUCCAGAUCUCGCCAUCCCCACCCGAUGUCUGACUCUCGACCCUGAUUUCACCCUCCACCGCCUCAAGCUCGCCUUCCUUCCCCUGGAUCUCGCUCCCGAAUCCCUCUACUUCGAAUUCGGCGGCAAGCCGCUGGCGGACUCAUCCACCCUUGCCUCCGCAGGCGUUGCUACCGGGUCUCAUGCUCUCCUCACCCUGCGUUACCGCCUGCUCGGCGGCGGCGGGGAUGGCGGCGCCACCGGCGCAGAGUCCCGAGAUUGUUACCUCAACAUGUACGCUAUUAAGAAGCCUGAUAAGGUGGACCCUAACGAGACUCGUAUCUCUAAGUGGACGACCUGCGCGCUCUCUGGCGAGCCCCUUGUGCCGCCGGUCGUUGUUGAUUGGCUGGGAAACCUCUUCAACAAGGAAGCCCUCGUUGAGGCUCUCAUCCACAAGAAGAUGCCAAAGGAAUUCGGCCACGUUAGGGGUUUGAAAGACAUGAUCGCAGUCCAUCUGGCACCAAACCCUAGCGCUGCCAACUCGGAGACGAAGUUCGAGUGCCCAAUCACCGGGCUUGAGUUCAAUGGGAAAUAUGCAUUCUUUGCGCUUCGUGGCUGCGGACACGUUUUGAGUGUGAAGGCUCUCAAAGAAGUCAAGGCUUCUGCAUGCUUGAUUUGCCAUAAGGAGUUUAAGGAGUCUGAUAAGCUUAUAAUCAAUGGGAGUGCAGAAGAGGUUGCUGCGCUAAGGGAAAGGAUGGAAGAGGAGAAGGGGAAAUCGAAGAAUAGGAAGGAGAAGUCUGGCGCAUGCUUAAGUGGUACAAAACAUUCUAGUGAUAGAAAAGAUGGAAUCCUGGAGAACGGGAAGAAGGAUGGAGGGGUGAAAAGAUUCAAGGCAGUUGAUAUGGUUCCUGCCAAUGCAACAAAGGAAGUUUAUGCAUCUAUUUUUACAUCCUCAAAGAAAUCAGAACUCAAGGAGACUUAUUCUUGCCGAUCACUUCCACUGGGCAGGAAUUGAUAUUUAAAUUGGUUAUUCAGAGCACUCCUGUCUCGCACUGUUUGAUUCCUCUGUAUUUUCAUGCUUCUACUUUAUCCAACAAGAUUCUGGUAUCUUAUGGUGCUCUUAAUGUAUGUUGCUGUAAUUCAUUGUGGUGGGAUUGAUGAUACAUGGCACUUUGCAGUAA